AUGUGGAUCAAAUGUGAAGUGCGCAUCGAGUGUGGACGGAAUAUUCAUAGAGCAUGGAAUGUGCAUCAAGCGUGGGUAAAGGUUAUAUGGUGUGUGGGUGGAGCGUGCAUCGAGUGGGGACGGAGUGUGCAUAGAGUAUGGAGUGUGCUUGGAGUGUGCAUUGAGUGUGGGUGGAUGGCGAAAGGAGUGUGUACGGAGUAUGUAUCGAGUGUGCUUGGAGGGUGUACGGAGUGUGGACGAAGUAUACAUGGAAUGUGCGUGGAGGGUGUAAGGGUAUAUGGUGUGUGGGCGGAGUGUGCAUCGAGUGUGCGUGCAGGGUGUAAGGAGUGUGCGCGGCGUGUGCCCCGAGUGGGGAGCGCGCGGGCCGACACGAGGCUGGCCGUUGCGCAGGAGGACGACCCGGAGGAGCGCGUGGAGGCGUGGGAGGUGCAGGAGCGGCGGCCGGGCGGGGGGCUGCUGGCGGAGGGCGGCGACGCAGAGGCGGCGCAGGACCCGCGCCGCACCUCCCUCGUGCAGUACGUGCGCGCCACGCUCAAGAACCGCGGCGAGAUGCGCCUCGUGCUUGACAUCGAGGCGAUGACUGCAAAGGAAAUCGGGAUGUAUCAACAUGUGCUACCCAACAUGGCGUCUCUUUGGCCUGAACAGGCCUUCGACGUUUUUCCUCGUUGCAUUCACAGCUCCGAUGACGCCCUCAUUCUCGAGGUACCU